GCGGAGAUUCGCCGCUCCAGUCCGAAGUCGCCGCCGGAGGAGCGGCCGGCGCUGGUGGCGAGGCUGAUGGGACUGGAGGCGCCGCCGGAUACGGUGGCGGAGAAGAGGCAGAAGCUGCUCGGGGCUUUGCAGAGGUGCGACGAGGAUCUCAAGGCGCUGAAGAAGAUUAUCGAGGCCGUGCGUUUGACCGAUCCGACGACGCCGGCGGUGGUUUGCGGUGGCUUUGAGGAUAAAUGCAGGACGGUUUCGGAGGUGAAGUGUUCGGUUGUUAACGUGGAGCAGCAACAACCGAGUCCGGUGUCUGUGCUCGACGAGUUCACUCGUUCGCCACUCAGUCCGAGUUACCACUCCGGACGGCAUUCAUUUGCGCGAAUUCAGCAUCAGAAGCAGCAGUUGUUAAGGAAGCCAGGAGAGGAAGAAAUAUACGUCUAUGAGAGAAUGGGAAGCGAAUCAGUGAAUAAGAAAGUGAACGAGGAAGAUGAUUUGGGCAUCUGGAGUAGCAAAGCCAUGAUAAAAAGUGUGGAUGAAGUGUGUAGAGACGUUGCUUGGGGAGAAAAGAGAGAGGUUGGAAGAAUUGGGUUGGCUUUGCAGGAUUAUAUCUACAGGGAUUUGAUUGAAGAAAUUGUUAGAGAAUUAGGAUGCUUUUACACUCUGCCUUUUGAGGCCUGUAAGAGAAGACUAUGCUUCUAAGCUAUACAUUGCAUACAUGCUCAUAAUUAUUCUCUUCUUUUUUACUUUUCCCUCCUUUUCUGUUCUCCCAGUUAAACUUAUAUUGGCUUUACAAAUUACAUUGAA